AUGCGGAAGCCGAUGCGGCCUCUUCUCACCCUCCAUACACCUGCUCCUCAGUGCAAGGAGACCGGGGGAAGGAAACCAGCGGCCGCCACAGCGGGAGCUGCCACAUCCCAAACUGCAGGGGCAAAGAUGACCCUACUCAAUCUGCCGCACGAAAUGACUAGGCAGUACGCAUGUAUCCCUUCCGACCUCGUGAAGGGAGAACUCACCUCGCAUGGCCAGAGGGCGUAUGAGGACUGCGAAUCCUGGCAAAUUCAGUCAGAAUUAUCCUGCAGCCAUAGCCAAGGCGACGCAUACUACGGUAUGGUUCCAAUCCAUCGUCCCCUCGUGAUCAGCGUCCAUGGUAUGGUGGAGUCCGAGCCCGUUGACAGGGAGUUCGUUGUCGAGGGCCGCUUGAUCUGCCCGAUGUGGCCCUCGAUCUUGUUGCGAGGUCAGGUCUCCCUUCACGAGACUCCUCGAGUCUCCCAUUCUCAGACUCCUCGAGUCUCCUCUACCCAGCUGUCUUCUUUCAUGGAGGCGGCGACCCAGCCCGAGCGCAAGCACCUCGUCGAAAAACCGUCGAAGAUUGGGCGAUCCUGGCUCCGCCAAGUCCCCUACUUAGAAACUCUCCGCCUCUCCAACCACGAGAUCGCCGCCGGCCUCCACUACCGCCUCCUCACCCCGCCUACUCCCCUAUCUGCUCCGCCUGCACCCAAGAGGUAUGACGAAUUUGCUAUCGCAAAGCGCUCGACCCAUACAUCUGACGAUUGUGAAUCAUGUCCUCAAGCCCGUUAUUAUACCUCUUUCCUCGCCGAAGCCCAUUACACUGGGUGGAACGAGACAGCUCUGGUCGAGCAAUUCAAGGACGGAUUGAAGCCGGACAUUCUCCAUGCUGUCAACAUGUCCCAGGGAGGACUUUUCCCGGAUACUGUCUCCUCUUUCGCUGCUGUGGAAACACCCCUGACAGAGACGCAACGCAAGAUCAAAGAGCUGCAAAAGGCAUCUUUGGCCUCCAGAGGUAGUGGGAAGCUUUCGGAUGAGUUUGACCGCUAUAGAAGCUUUUUCGAAGAGGAUGAUUCCCUUUCCCUUCUAGCAGCUACGCCAGGGAAGAUCGAGCCUGACUUUGUCCUUCAAUGGUGGAAGCGCAACGAGUUCGCAUUUCCCAUCAUAUCAGGGAUUGCGAGAGACUUUCUAGCUAUACCGGCUUCAUCUGUACCGUCCGAACGUCUCUUUUUAUAUGCCAAACUGGCAGACACUGAGAAGCGUCGUUGCAUGUCCCAAAACGCCGCGACUUUCCAGCAGAGCAUGGCGAAGGUGACGGCGUUGACGCGACUUCGAGGGUCUGGUAGCUGGCUGUUAUAA